CCAAAUCAGAUUGUGUAACGUACAUAUAAUUUUAUAAAAGUUUAUCAAUUUUUCGGCUUCUUGGUGGCAAAAUUCUCAAUGUGUUAACCUUUCGGCCGUACCGCGUCAUUCUUCCAUGCUUUUAUCAAUAAUUCUUAAGAAGAAAAUCUACAAAAAAAAAUAUACAAAGUAGUUCCCCGCACAAGACUACAAAUGAAAUAGCCCAGUUAUCUGCUUUCGGCUACAAAUUCUACAAGUGUUAAAAGGAAAAUAAGAAGAAAUAUAGAAAAUUCCUGCAGCUAGUGAAAUAGGCAAAUUAUAGGCAAUAAUUUACAAUUUUAAAAAAGCUUAAAGUAAGGAAACCAAGAGGACACCAACCAGAAGCUCCUAGUGGCGAAGCGAAGGGUUUGAGGUCGAGGACUCAAUAGCAGAAUCUGCAUGUCAGCGAAUAACCCACCGCAAGGCGAAAGAUUUCAGAUCGAUUAUAGCCACAACUUCUGAUCAAUCAGCGGAUCCAUUAAGAUGCUCAGUUCGUUGGACGCGCUGGCCGGCAAAAUAGCCACUGCCACGCCCGGAACGGGGGCGGUAACGGCGGACAGCAAGAACACACAGUCGCUGCACCAUCACCACCGCCUGGACUAUGAUUACUCGGCGGUUGAGAUUGAACCACCGGCGGAACAACUGGCCAAUUCCCCGCGCAGCGAACGGGAGAGACUGCAGCAGGCCCAACAGGCCUACGAGCAGCAGGCCCAGGCGGAGCUGGAGUUCGGUCUCGCGGAGGUGGAUGCCAAGCUGACGCAGCUGAAGAGCAGUCAUAGUCUGCAGCACCACAAUAGUCACCACCACCAGCUGCAGCGCCAUACGCCGCACCAACAGCAACAGCAGCAGCUGCACCACCAUCAGCCCCACCACAAUCACCACCACCAUCAUCCGUACCAGCGACCCAGACCCACAUCGCCACCGCAACAACAGACGUCCUCCUACCAGCAGCAACUUUCCCAGCUGGCCGCUCUGCAGGAUCACCAUGAUCUCCUCCAGACGCAGCAGGAGCUCUUCCACAAACAGCUGGCCACCAUGCAGGAGUACCAGCGGGAAAGGGAGCGAGAACGGGAACGUGAGCGGGAACGGGAGCGGGAUCGCAGCAGCUUCAUUGAUAACAGCGAUUACGAUUCCCAGACGGAGUUCAAAAUUUGUCUGAGGGAUAGUGCUUUUGGAAUGAGUGAUAAGAGCAGCAGUGCAACGAACAGCCUGCCGAAUAGUCCCAUACACAGCAACAACAACAAUCCAUCGCUGCUGAACAACAACAACAAUAACAGCAACGGCACCAGCAACAACAGCUUAAACGUCGGCAACAACAACAGCAAUCCGAGCUUGGGCGGCAGCAACAACAACAACGCACUGGUUUCCGUAGGCAGCAACGGUAUAAUGUCCGCCGCCGGUUUGGUCAACAACAAUAACAAUCCGUGCAGCGCCAACCGCAAUGUGGUCGCCAUGGUCGACGAUGACGCCUGCUUCCGUCUGGACACGGACGCCACGGUGACGUACGGCGAGAAGGAACCGGAUCCGGACAACAUCAAGAUGUUCGUCGGCCAGGUGCCCAAGUCGAUGGACGAGUCGCAGCUGCGCGAGAUGUUCGAGGAGUACGGCGCCGUGCACUCGAUCAACGUUCUGCGGGACAAGGCCACCGGAAUUAGCAAGGGUUGCUGCUUUGUGACAUUUUAUACGAGACGCGCCGCCCUGAAAGCCCAGGAUGCUUUGCAUAAUGUUAAGACGCUAAAUGGGAUGUACCAUCCCAUUCAAAUGAAGCCCGCCGAUAGCGAGAAUCGCAAUGAACGCAAACUCUUUGUGGGUAUGCUAAACAAGAAGCUGAACGAGAACGACGUUCGCAAGCUAUUUGAAGUCCACGGAGCCAUCGAGGAGUGCACCGUCCUUCGGGACCAGAACGGACAGAGCAAGGGUUGUGCCUUCGUCACAUUCGCCACCAAGCACGCUGCCAUUUCGGCCAUCAAAGUGACCCUGAGCCAGAACAAGAUCAUGGAGGGCUGCACAUCGCCGCUGGUCGUCAAGUUCGCCGAUACGCAAAAGGAGAAGGAGCAGAAAAAGAUCCAGCAAAUUCAGGCCAACCUCUGGAAUCUGGCCAGCAACAUUAACAUACCGCUGGGCCAAACGGCCACCAGCGUGACCACGCCCAUCCUGCCCAAUCCGCCGCAGCAGCCUUCGCCGGUUCUCGGCGCAGAUGCCAUCACCCCGGCCUCCAUCCAACUGCUGCAGCAGCUGCAGGCGGUGGGACUGCAGCACCAGUUGUUGCAAGCCCUCACAGGACUGGGAGCCCAGCAGAGCAGCUCGGCGACGGACACCAGCGCUGUGGCGGCCGCAGGACUUUUGACCCCGAUGACCGUCCAGAAUCUAGCGGCCAUUGCGGCCAUGACGCAGCCGAGUCUCUCGAAUGCCGCCGCGGCAGCCGCCGCUGCCACAUCGCCAGGAAGCGCCCAACUGACCAACACGGCUGCACUGCUCUGCCUCUUGGGUAAAAAGGCUGCAGCCAAAAAAUCAGCUAAAAAGACAGGGUCCGAUCCGAAUCCAAUGGCAUCGGCAUAUAUGUCAACAGCCGCCGGUCUGCCGCAAUUCGGGAGCGCCAGUGCAUUGUCCACUUCGCCGCUGGCCAGCGUUGCCCUCAGCGCCGCAGCCGCCGCCGCAGCGGGAAAGCAGAUUGAAGGACCCGAGGGCUGUAACCUUUUCAUCUACCAUCUGCCGCAGGAGUUCACCGAUACGGAUCUGGCCUCCACGUUCCUGCCCUUCGGCAAUGUGAUCUCGGCCAAGGUGUUCAUCGACAAACAGACGAGCCUGUCGAAGUGCUUCGGCUUCGUCUCCUUCGACAAUCCAGACUCGGCCCAGGUGGCCAUAAAGGCGAUGAACGGCUUCCAGGUGGGCACCAAGCGUCUCAAGGUGCAGCUGAAGAAGCCCAAGGACUCGAAGCCCUACUAGAGGCCACCAUCGGCGGCAAGGUUAACCGGACACAUCGAGUAGAGGAACACUGAGAUUUGUGAAAUAUGGAGUAGUCAAUGAAUGAAGAGUUGCCCGUGUAGAGCGCGUUGCAAGAUUAAACGAUGAUGCAAAUGCCAACGUUGUACGUAUCAUACAAAAACCAAAAACAAGAGCAGAAAAAGACAUGAAAUCUGUGCCAAAAAAAAAAGACAGAAUCACUUAUGAUUUAGCACGUUAAUUGUUGAAUUAGAAAAAAAAACGAAAAACAAAUACCUAAAAACAAAAUCAAAAAGAAACGAAUAACACAACACUUAGACCGUAGUUUAGUUAACUUUCUGUUGAAGUUCCCUUCGAACCCAAUCUUUUACGACUCGUUUUCCUAAUUUUAAACUGUCGUACGAGUUGGUUGAACCAUUGCCUUUUAUUAAAUAUUUUGUAUACAUCCUCAUGACUCACAAACGAAAGCAAAAAAUAAAAAACAAACAAAAAAAUAAUAAUUACAAAGAUCUGUUCGAGUGUUAGGCUUAAGUUUUUGAUAUAACUAAUAAUUUAAUACAUACUCUUUCUCUGUUUGAUUUGUUCAUCUCUCAUGUUGCAAGUCACAAUGAAGUUCUUUAUUAUAAAUAUAUACCCACAUGAUAUAUAUUCUAGUUAUAGUUACAAGUUACUCGUUUUGUUCACUGGAUUAUCUCUUUUUAUAUACCUACACUUAUGCUGACUCGCAUAAUUAGUUUUUAGUUAUCUGAUUUGUUACACCCCCAAACUAACUCACAUAUUUUAUUUGUAAUGAGAAAAUGAAAAUGUUUUUGUUAACCACAUUAUAAGUAAUACUUCUUUAGAUUUAUAAUUAGUUGAACAUACAAAUUCACAUACGCUUCUCAGUGUUAUUUAUGCGAUUUGUAAAGGAAACGAACUAUGCCUAAAAAAAAAAACAAACCAAAUGAAAUCGAAAAAAGGAAAACUUGUUAUUAAUGGAGUUUAUUAUUUUAUUUUUUAAUUUCUAUUAUUUGCUACAUCAUCCAAAUUUUCACAAAUCUGGUAUUAUAUUAUAACAUAUGAUUCAUUUCAUUGUAAAUUUUCCUGUUUUAGUUGAAGGUUAAUUGGCUUUUUGUCGUUGCACAUCUUGAAGUAGAUAAGUGCCUUUUGUAGCAUACUUUGUUUAUGUAAAAAUCAUGCACAUAUGUAAACACUCAUACACCACAGCAUACAUAUCUAAAUAAAGUUCUGUUCUCUGUUUCAAAUGCACAAAAACUUGA